UUUUACUAACCUGCUCCCCACGUUUGGCUUCAACGCUUCUCUUCCGUCUUCGAUAGUCUUCUUUAAUCGCGAGGUCCCUCUCUACUUUGCAGAGGAUUACCAAUGAUGAAUAUUGGGGUUGUACCUGCAGAAAAAAGGGACGAACCUGCUAUUCCUAAUUUUAAUGAUGAAUGGAAGGAUAAUAUUGAGCAUGAAGUGACUCAGGAAGAUAUAACCCCUUUUGUUGGCUUGGAGUUCGAUACAGAAGAUCAUGCAUAUAGAUUUUAUAACUUGUAUGGUGGGUUCAUGGUAUACGCCAAAAAUUAAUUUUUGAGUUUAUGAGUCGACAAGCUGGAGGGAGAGAGAAUGUCGGAUGCACGGCCAAAGAUAUCAGCAAUCAUUUGAGUUCUAAGAGGAUGAAGGAAAUGGAAGAAGGUGAAGCAUACACCCUACUUCAUUACUUUAAAUCAAAGCAAACAGAGAAUCCGUCUUUCUUCUAUGAAAUUCAACUUGAUGUUGAUAGUCAAAUAACAAAUAUUUUCUGGGCGGAUGCUAAAAUGGUCGUGGAUUAUGCUUAUUUUGGAGAUGUGGUAUGCUUUGAUACCACUUACCGCACUAAUAAGAAUUUACGACCAUUUGUUCCCUUCAUUGGUUUCAACCAUCAUCGAGAAAGUGUAUUAUUUGGUGCAGCAUUACUAUAUGAUGAAACCGCUGAAUCGUUUGGGUGGUUGUUUAAGACUUUUCUCAAGGCUAUGUGUGGAAAAAAUCCAAAGACAAUUUUCACAGAUCAAGAUGCUGCCAUGGCAAAAGCAAUUGCAGAGGUUUUUCCUGAACCAUAUCAUCGUUUAUGCUUGUGGCAUUUAUUCCAAAAUGCACUUAAAAAUCUAAAUCAUGCCUUUAAAAAUUCAGAUUCAUUUGCCGGAGAGUUGAGAAAUUGCAUUUAUAACUUUGAGUAUGAGGAUGACUUUCUUAAUGCUUGGAAGUCAUUGCUUGACAAGCACAACCUGCAAGAAAAUAAAUGGAUGCAAGAUUUAUUUAAGAAGAAAGAAAAAUGGGCUUUGGUGUAUGGGCGACAUACCUUUUCAGCUGGUGCUACAACAACACAACUAAGUGAAAGCGUCAAUGGUCGUUUGAGACUUUACAUGAAGUCCACUUUUAAUGUGCUAGAAUUUUUUCGAAACUUUGAAAGAUUGUUGGAAGACAUGCGAUAUAAGGAGAUAGAAUCUAACUAUGAGAUGAGCCAGAAAAUGCCAUCAUUGAAUAUGAAUAUCCUGUUACUGAAAAGUGCAAGAGAUGUCUUCACACCUGCAAUUUUCUCUUUAGUUCGUGCACAAUAUGAGAAGUCUUGUAAUAUUGUUCUGAAAGUCUGCAACCAACAUGCGGACUUAUAUGAAUAUGAAGUGUGUGUAUUUGGGAGCACGAGGCAGCACAAAGUUACUUUCAAUCCCAAAGAUCAAAGUGUUGAGUGUAGCUGUCAACUUUUUCAGUUUAUUGGUAUCCUUUGUAGCCAUGCUCUUCGUAUACUUAAUCAUUUGAAUAUAAUUGUUGUUCCUGCAAGGUAUAUCCUCAAGAGAUGGACUAAGCAUGCUCGAAGUGGUUGCGUUAUAGACAACAAGGGACAAAUUAUCAAAGAAGAUCCGAAGUUGAUUGUCUCAAAUCGCAAAAAGGAUUUGUGUCGUGUUGCAGUAGAAAUAUCAAGUAAAGCUGCUGAAUGUGAGGAUGCUUCAGCCUUCUUUGCAAGAAAGAUGGUGGAAGUUGGCAUUGGAGUUGAUAAUAUCUUAAGUAAAAGAUCUUCCACUCCAUAUACAGAAUUGGAUGAUGUGAAUGGGAAAACUAAUGAAGUAGAUGAAAUGUAUGAAGCAAAGGGUAUAAAAAAAAAGGAUAAUGCAUCUCGGCCAAAAGGUAGGCCAAAGAGUUGUUUGGAGAAGAAAAAAAUAAGAAAAAGCACUUUCAAGUUAAGUUCAUUGCUACAAAAAUACUCUUCUAGCAUACCAGAUCCAUCUAUUCAGAAUGUGCCAUUUUUACAUGAAGGUCUAGAUCCUACAUCACUUGAUAUUAAUAACACACAGGAAUUCAAUUCACUGGAUGAGUUCAGUUCCUGUCAUGACAGCCAAAGAGAAAAUGAACGUGGUCCCUAACUUAUUUCGCUGUGAUGGGAAGAUAUUUGAGUGCAUAUUAGAAAUAUUUUUUCUGUUUUGUUUAGUUUUGGACGGGACUAAAUUUUAGAUUCAUUUUUCCUUUUUUAUUAGGAGUAUAGAGGUAACUUUCUGCAUCAGAGAUUCAGUCAUUUUCCUCUGCAGUAAAUGAGAUGCCUAGUUUCUGCACUGAUUUCUUUUGUUUGUUUCUGGUUUAGCACUGAUUUACACAUGAAUGAUUUUAUAAUAUAUAUUUAUCAUUGUGUUUCUCAGAUUUCAAGGUUUGCUCCUAUAAAUGGAAUGUAAUUUAGUGUUGAUGUG